AUGAGCGCUCAAGGCAGCCAUUCCUGGCUGCCAUCUUUCUUUGAUCUUUCCUUAUUUUUGUUUUGAAAACUAAAAGGUCGGCACGGUGCUCGUGCUCGCAGCCUGCAAAGGCAAUUUUUAGGUCGGUUGGUACCUGAGAUUAAUCCAGACACGAUUCUUCGCCACCGGCUCCGAUUUUGAGGCCGAGAACUCGUCAUAGGAGCCCAGCCGUCUUCAAAAACGUUUAAAGAGCUGACUAGGGCGUACAGAAGGCCCUGCCCGUGGUGACCAAGGAGGAGAACAGGGUCACGCCUAGGUUUUACGUCCGCAUCCUCGCAGAACUCGAAACUCGACGCCUUUGUCAACGAGGUCUGGGAAGACAAGGGUCUCAAAGGAAGAACAUGUCAAAAAACAACUCAUUGGCCUUGAUGAGGCAGAAGCUGAGAAAUACAGCAAUGGCUUUGAAAAGGACGAUGACGAGGCCGAUAAAGAUGAGGAAGUUGUCUCCGACGCAAAACCGACAGCCAAGAAGUCCACGUUGAAGUAGGAGCCGGAGAAGUUUGCCAAGAGGGAGGACGAGAGCAAAGAUUGGGGCAGCGACUCUGAGACAUUGUCUUCCGAGUCCGAGGAGGACGCGUACGUGAACAUCAGGGAUCGCUUCCUGAAGAAGACCACCGAGAAGGAGGAUGAGGAGACCAUAAAGGAAAAGAAGGAGCGCCGGGAGCGCGAGGAGGAGAACGGCAACGGCAGUUGGGAGACCGUCAAAGGGAGCGUCGCCAUCCCUUGGCUAGAAAUCAAUUUCAAACAUCAUUAAUCAAGAGAAGCCGAAAACAAAUGCGGAGGACGCAAAGACCGACAUUAUAAAUUGAAAGUGAAGCAAAAUCAUGGCUCAAAGAAGCCUCGGGCCCUUUGCGUCCACCUCAACAUCAAGCCCGACGCCAUGAAGCCCUGAAUGCUGGGCAAAGUUCCAAACGCGGUGCUUUCUUAUCGUUGGUACGGGUGCGUCCUUAGGCUGAAGGGCGAACUGAAGGCCCUUGCUCAUCCUGAGGUCCUUGGGGAGUGGCGGAGGCGCGUGACCCGCGGUUCGGCCGCGCUUCCCUGGCGCGGGUGGGGUUGACGCGUCGCCAGGGUAAGCCGCCCUCACCUGCGAUUCACCCUCGCAGAGGGGCGCACUGGAUCCCGGCGCCCAACCCGAAACAGUGCCUAGGAGGAAAGACCAGGGUCGUUAAGCGUGUCCCCCGCCACCCCCUUGGCCCUUCCCUCUCCAGUUACAGCAGAAUAAUAAUUAUUUGGUCACCAAUGGUUUCGCCGUGACCUGAGCUUUCCAACGAUGUGUCACGCUUGGUACUUUUGAGCUAAUUUGCAUUUGGUGGUGGGGGAACCUUUCUGGCCAAUCAGAUCGCUCGAUUUCAACAAUCGCCGUUUUCUCCUAAAAUCCGACGGCGAGCAGGUGGGAGUGGAAAAAGCUGCCGUGCCCGCGGCUCGGCCACAGCUUCACCCUGAUCGGCAACAAAGUCUUCCUCUUCGGAGGACUCGCCAACGACAGCGACGACCCGAAGAAUAACAUUCCCAGAGAAGAUGGCGUGGGAGCAGCUGAACAUGGACGUGUUUGAGGAGAACGCGCCCCGAGCCAGGGCAGGUCACUGCGCCGUCGGCAUCCACUCGCGCCUCUACGCCUGGUCCGGCCGCGAUGGCUGCAGAAAGAUUUGCUGCAAAGACCUUUGGUACCUGGAGGUGGAGAAGCCGCCGGCGCCAGGGCGGGUGCAGCUGGUGCGCGCGUCGACGACCUCGCUGGAGGUGUGCUGGUCGCCCGCCCCCUCCACCGACUUCUACCGCCUCCAGGCCCAGAAUUACGACAUGCCCCAGGAGAAACCAACCCCCGAAAAACCAUCCCCACCUGCCGCCACGCCCACCACCCCUGAUCUAAAAGAAGUUUCAGAAUCUCCGCCGACGGCCGCGCAGAACAUGUCAGGCAUCCAGGCAUUGGCUGCAGCGGCCGCAGCCACCCAGAAAAUCCCAGGCGUCCUCCGCCUCGUCCCCUCCAACGCCACUCCCCCAAAAACUCCAGUGGCAGUCGGUGGUGCGAGCGGUUCAACGUCAAUUAAGUUCCUCGUGAGCCGCACCAAAUUCAAGCUCCAACAUUUGGCUCUCAGUUCAGACUGUAAGACUUUGGGAGAGGAAAUUCUUUUUCCCACCAAAGACGUGCUUGCCAAGAAACCGCAGGUGCACAAGGAAAAUUAUCGCGACCUGAUGUGCUUUCCUCGCAAUUGGACACUCUAAUGGACUCUGAUGAUGUCCAGCAGCUGGAAGAGUCUUUGCGACAGAGAAAUGGGGGCUGGUUCAACCGUUUCCUCAACCCGCAGUGACCAGCAACAUUUUGAGGGGCAAAUUGAAGCUUCACAUCUUUCUAUUGCACUGGCAAGACCUUGGUCGAGACCGUCCUCCAGAUCUACAAACUGGUCCCAGAC